AUGCAGUCCUUACGAAAACUGAAAGAGAGGAGAAGAGCGAUUGCACAUCAAAUAACCGCCGGCGUCAGCAAGACCCUCGAGGCUAAGCUCGCCACCCAAGCAAUGGACAUUGCGUACCUUAAGAAGGAACGUGACCAAAUCAUCAGUGACCGUGAGAAGGAGCUCAACGAACUCAAGAAGCAGAUGGAGGAGAAACAUGAUCAGACGAAACGCAGACUGGACGAUGUAGAGGCCGUGUCUGCCCGCGUUCCUAGCCUAAUGGACAGGACAGAGACUUUCAAGCUUGUAAACGCAGCUGCCAAGCCUAUAACAGAACGCUUGGAAGCACUAGAAAAUUCAGCUACCGGGCUCCCUGAUCUGACAAAGGGGCUGCAAGACCUUGCAGCUGUGCCAGAAAGAUUAGCUACACUGGAGUCGCGGCAAGCUGCAAAGCCUGAACCUGACCAAUUUAAUGUAUCUGCCAAAUCAGAGCUUAGCUCUAUAAGAAGCAGGCUUGACAGCACACUCGCAAAGGUUCACGGGUUAGAGAACGACAUCACCACGUUGAAGACUGCGAAGGAACUACAGGGGAUCGAUAUUGGCGCACUGAAGACAUGGAAGGACGCGCAACUUAAGGCGGUAUCUGAAGUAACAAUUAAUAACCUCAUCGCAGCCCAAGUCGAAGAGAAAGCUUCCGUCGUCUUAAAAACCUUGAGCGAAAAAACAGACGAGGCCGAUCGCAAGCUUGCCGAGCAUUUCAAUAAUAAUAAGGCCGAGAUUCGCAGUCACCAGCUUGGAUUGCAAGAGUUCAAGAGCUUCAAGGAGAAUUAUAAGCAGGAACUUGCUAACCAGCUUUCGGUAUUGCACGAGAGAAUCAAGACUGUCGAGGGAAAUGAUGCAAAGACAUACUCCAAAGCCGAUAAGCUACAGAGACAAUUGCAGAAAUUGGAAGAUGACUUGCAGAAACUAGAAGAUGACGUGGAUGACCUUUCUCCAAGUGGCAUGGACAAGAUACACGACAAGCUGGAGGAAAUGCGACGCACAGACGACAAACUACUUGACAAGGUGCAGGAAAUUCGCGAAGAGAUGAAGAGCAUGAACAAAGACCUUUUAUCGUUUGAGAAGGAAUUUUCUGAUUACCAAGACGACAUCGUUAAGUACAUUGGGCGAAUCAAAAGCGACUACAAGGAUACUGGAAAAUCCUUAUCAGAAAGAGUUGCCGCCCUGCGAACAACGCUUACCGAAGCUGAUUUAUCCAGACUCCCUGUUCGCCUUAGUGAGCUGGAGAAGUCUGCACGUAAUGUAGACAGGCUGGCUGUCCGUGUCGAUGAGCUGGACAAGCUGCCUCCUCGUGUUGAUGAGCUGGAGAGGGCUCCUAAGGGUCCCAACUUUAAGAGAGUCGGGACGCCUGUUUUCCCUUCGUCUACUGUUGCAAAAACCCCAGAGACGGGUGACUUAGACUCGAAAGUCGACUCGCUGGACAAGUCGUUGCAACGACUCCGCAAAACUGUGGAAGGCAAGAAUAGCCUAACUUCCCGGAUGGAUCGCCAAGAGGAGCGGAUUGAUAGCAUAGAGGCAUCUUCUGCUAGUGCUAGGCCGCUCGAGACGGUGGAACAGACGGUUGAGACUGAAGACAGGGCUUUAGACAAGACUGUGGAGAAGGCGGUGGAAAAGAGAGUUAGGACGCUAGUAACUGAGCAAAAGGCUGCAAAGAAUCUGGAGGAGCUCGAAACCCGCCUCGUGGAAGAGAUCCGAGCAUCGCGCAAGGGGCACGAACAUGAAGUCACACCCACUGACACCGCUGCAGCCCCGUCAGCGCAGUUCGAUAUGAAUGCUCUCAGCGUUACCCAGCAAGGCCUUGAGACUCUCCACGAGAAAUUCGAAGAUCACGAUGCUAUCAUCUUAAGUAUACAAGAGAUGGUUCCUAAUCUCUUCCGCGAACACUUCGCACCACUUAAGGCAAGUGUUGAACAACAAGCGCAGAUCAUUAGCAAUACGUUAGACAGGCACAGCCACGACCUCUUCAAUCUGAAUCGACAAGUUGCGAACUUGCCGACACAACAAAAUACUUUGGGACAGCAGCAACAACAAGCUCAGCUUGAAGGGAUGGUAGCGGAAGCAGUUUCGCUUAGGACAGCUUUCGCAGCUCUGCAAACAUCGUUGUCAAGAAAGGUCGAUGCUGAAAGAAUGCAUCAACAUCUACAAGGAAUGAAUCAACAACUACAAGGAAUCACUUUCGCGCUGAACAACUUACAAAGCCGAUACGAGAAUAUAAAUACCGACGACAUGUACAAGCGCAUGGUCGCGUGGUUCACAACGAUGUAUCCGAAUUUGACACAAAUCCUUGAGGAUAUCAAAGAACUCAAGGCGGCUAAAAUGAUAGCGGACCCUCACGGAAGCUUUAUCGCGUUGAGUCGUGACGCAGAAAGCUUGCACGGUCUUCUACGUAUUGCUCCGCAAUUGCGAGGACUUAUAGACACCAAGCAGGCGGCUACCUCUAAAGGGCAGAUUGUUAACACCAGUACUGCAGAGAUCCAGCGCCAACUUACAGAAGAGGCUAAUACGCUUAAAGAUCUACAAAAUCGACUGGAAGAAGACAAGAUUGAACGCGUGACAGAGUUGGAACACUUGCGCUUUCGCGUAAGCGACGAGCGACGGGCGCGCGCAGAUGCGGAGGCUGAGAUAAAGAAGACCAUCAGCAAUCUCUUCGCUAUUGUGUCCAACAACGCGUCAACUAUCAAAAAAGAGACCAAGGAAUGUUCCGACCAGCUAAGACAGAUCAAGAGCGAUUAUGAAGCGGCUGUGCCUGAGAUCCGGGACCAACUCAGUAACGUCCAGAAGGCGGAUGCUGAACUGCGAAAAGAGUUCGAUGCCACAGUCAGAGCAUACAUUGAGCCGAACCGCGACUUGUUCGGCAUAAUGGACACUGUGAUUACGGUCGUUGCGCAAGUUCAACAAAUCCUCGAAAGCGUAAACCAGAACCUUCCGAAAGGGCCGUUGAAGCUAGAUUGGGUCUGCUACCUUCCAAAGCACGGUCAGCUUGAAAACAACGGCGAGCUUGAAAACAACAGCGAGCUUCAAAACAACGGCGAGCCCAGCAAUUCGAAAGGCAAGGGCAAGAGCAAGCAGUAA